AUGCAAGACCCAGAACUUUAUGUACGAAACUUCUAAGAAGAAAUUAGCUAAAGAAAUAAACGCAAAUAGCCUUAGUAAUAUCCUGAUGAUCUACGAUUACAUGAACGACCUAGAGUCAGAAAAAUUGAACCUCCUUCUUAAAUCAUCAGUUAAUCAUUGUUAAAGAAUCAAAGUUAUGUGUAUCAUAAUCUAUAUAAUCUAGACCUGAUUCUAUUAAAAAUUUUACGAAACCGCUUAUCAAUUAUUAAAUCAUUAGUCCAUCAUCAAAAAAUCCAUAGCGAUAUAAUCACAAUUUUUCGCAUCUAGGGCAAGAUAAUAUCUUUCGUAAAGAACCCUACAAUUAAAUUCAAAAAGAUUAUGCACCUUAAAGAUAUUCAUAACAAUCUAAUGAAUAAAGAAUUAAUUAUUAAAAUGUAGGCAAUAUGCUUAUUGGUUAUGAUAAUUAAUCAUAGUUACAAUCCUAAACACUAUUAUAAAAUCAAUAAAUGACUUAAUCAUAAUUGCAAAAUUAAUAAGUAGGACAUGCAUAUCCUUAAUCGCAACAAAAUUAUUAAUACUAAUAGGAAUAAUAAUAGUAAAAUUAAUAAUUACAAUAAUAAUAAAUGUAUUCAUAAUAAUAAUAGCAAUAACUUUCAUAAUCAUAAUUACCAUAAUAACAAUCAUAUUAAUAAUAACCAAACUAAUAAUCAUAACAAUAUUAGACAUAUUAAUUACCAUAAAAAAAUAAUUAACCAAACUAACCUUAAUAACUUAAUAUUUAUUAAGCAGGAACACCAAACACCUACAAAUUAAAAAGUGAUCAUAAUCAUUAGCCUUUCAAUUAUUAUGGGUAUAUAUAUAUAUAUUCAUUUUUAUAGUUCAAGAGCUUUAAAAAACUUAGAUAGUACAUAAAUUUAUUGA